UCCUGGCAAACGAACACACCCCGACGGCCGUUGGAGGCGAGGUGGCUCCGGGCUAGAGAGGGGCAGGCAGUGACAAUGGAGGGGCUGCCUUCGCGACCCCAGGCAGUGCGCCGGGAAAGACACAGUGGUCCUUGAUUCUCGAGUGGUCCUCGGGGCCUGCGCUUUCUUCCCUUGCAGCGACGCGGCCGGCCGCGAAGAUGAGCUCAGCUUGGCUCUUGGCUUUCGAGAAGAAGCAUCUCUGGAUGUAUCUGCAGGCGCUGGGCUUUGAGCCGGGCCCGGCCACCGCUGCCUGCGGGAAGAUCGAGUCGCACACGCACCUUGGAGUGGACAUGUUUGACAAGUUGAACCGUGAUGCCUUUCAAAUCGUUUCUUAUUUUUUGUUUCAAACACUGGAUCAGUCUCUCACCAAAGAAGUUUUCAAACAUUGUUGGCCUCCAUUUGAUCAGAAAAGGGAUGCUGAAUUCCGGAAGCAUUGCUGUGAAUGGUUAAAAAAUAUUUCUGCUGAAUGUGGAAGCAGCUUUCCUCCGGUUGCUGGUUCACUAUUUAUUUCUCCUGGUGGUUCUAAAUUUAUUCAUCUCAUGUAUCAUUUUGCAAGAUUUGUUGCAAUGAAAUAUAUCAGAUCCAAUUCUAAAGAUCCUUCCACACAUUUUAUAGAGAUCCUUAAUGUAAAGACUCAAGAUUUGCACAUGUGCAUUGCCAGAUGCCAGGUAGCACGUAACAGAUUUUUACAUAUUUUACAAAAAGAAGAUUGUGUUACCAGAAAAUAUCAGGAAAAUGCACAACUCUCAGUUAAACAUAUUAGAAGUUUGAGAACAGAAUGUGUAGCACAGCAAAACCAAAUAAAAAACAUGGAACCCUUUGAUGAACAAAUUAAUAUGCAAGAGAAUAUUGAAAAGGUUCGAUCUUUAUGGGCUUCGGUGACUGAAACACUUGAGAUUUUGGAUAAAGAGAGAGAAAUUGUUAGUUCAGUCCUUAGUCUUGUUAACCAUUAUGUCUUAGAUGGAACUAAUGUUACUAUUAAUAUUCCAAACCUCUUAAUUGACAAGAUUGAGAAACAAAUGAGUCAGUUGCACAUAGGAAAUGUUUAUGAAUCAGGAAAAUUGAACUUCUUGACAGUUAUUCAAUUGUUAAAUGAAGUCCUAAAAAUAAUGAAACAUGAAUGCUGUCAGACGGACCAGGCAAGACUGAAAAUAGACCCACAUUUUCUUGAAAAAGAGACCAAGUUUCAAAGAGAAAGAUUAUCAGAUCUGAAGCAAACAAGGCAUAAAAUGAAGGAAGGUCUUACAACUAUAAGACAUUCGAUUGUUGAAAAGCAAGGAGAAUGGCAUAAAAAGUGGAAAGAAAUUCUUGGUCUGUCUCCUUUCAGUUUAAUUAAAGGUUCUACUCCUGCUGUGGAUCUUUUACCGCCUAUGUCUCCCCUUUCAUUUGAUCCUGCCUCUGAAGAAGUUUAUGCACGGAGUAUUCUUACUCAGUAUCCUGCUUUGCUUCCAGAUACACCUAUGCAACAAAAUCAAGAAAAAGCUUGCACAAUAACCAAUCGUAUACUGGGAACUGUGUGUGAUCUAGCCGACAGUUCUGCUUCUCUUUUGCAGCCAAAUUUGGCAGAUAGAAAGAGCAUUACAUUACUUGAAAAGGACAUGAAAAUAAGCACUCCUAGAGAGAAGCAUGAAACCAUUUCCAAAAAAACACCAGAAUUUGAAGAGGAAGACUCUGUAUCAUCAAAUACUGCGAAGACUAUAGAGAGUAGUGCUUUUGGAGGGUCUGUACCAGCUAAAAAGCGUGAUCCAUUCCAAAAAGAGCAAGAUCAUCUGGUGGAAGAGGUUGCCAGGGCAGUUUUAUCUGAUUCACCACAAUCAGCUGAAGGAAAAGAAAUAAAAUUAGAGGACCUAAUUGAUUCUCUAGUUUCUAACCCAUUCUUAUCAAGGAAAGAAAUACCCCGAACACCAGAAAACUUGAUAAGUGAAAUUAGGAGCUCGUGGAGAAAGGCUGUUGAAAUGGGGAAUAAUGGAAAUACAGAAUUAUUUCAAGAGGAUACUGAACAACAUGGAGAAGUAUUGUCAGAAUCUUCACCAGAGUUACAUAAUCCAAGAGAAUUUAGCUUGGCCUGUUUUCUCUCAACGACCACUGAAUCAAACACUAGCCAGUCUCAUUUCCUUGAAGAGAACAUUGUUUCAGAUUGCCUGAAGAGUGUGACCAGUGACAUAAGUCAGUCAGCAACACCAGAUGCUUCAGACUUGCUAACCAAGAAAAAAAUGGGCAAGCAAGACUUGAAAUGUACAGUUUCACAGAAGAAACUUUCAGAAACUAGCCAAAGUCAGUCAUUCUCCCCUGCUAUAGGCAGUAGAAUAGAUCUGACGGGUAGCAGUGAAGAGGCGUAUGUUAAAAUAUUGGACUGUUCACAAGCCUAUCAAGAACCUUCCACACAUAAAAGUAUGUUAUGGAACUCUUUUCAAAUACCAUGGGGAGUUAGUUCUGGUUUAAGAGAUACUGAUUUUGGCAUAUUGCAUGAGACUCUUCCAGAAGAAGUGGGUCACUUAAGUCUAAAUAGCUCCAGUACUACAGAGGCCAGUUUUAAAUUGGACCCAAAUAGUCCUAUGCCCAGCAACGUUUUCCCAGAAGAUGCUUCAGGUGAAAGACAAACUACUCCGGAAUUUGACUCACGUUUUCAGGCUAUAUGCAGUAGAUAUGAGGUUCUAAAAAAGUCUCUGUCCAAGAAAAGGAAAGAAACUGACCUUUCUAACCUGGAAACAUUUGAAAGGCACAAAUUAGAAUUGAGUUCUACUCCUCCGAAUACACAAACAGGAGAGAAACUUGAUAUUUUGGACUCUAAAGAUUUGCAUAUUGCCUGUACAAAACCUUUACGUAUGUCCCUUGGUGAAAGAAAACGGUCUCUUUCACCACUAAUUAAGUUUUCUCCAGUGGAACAGAGAUGGAGCUCUACGAUUCCAUGUAGUCCUCGUGAAUUGUCUAAUUUAGAAGAAGAUAUCCAGAACAAAAGCCUUGAUGCAGACAAUCCUCAUCGGACUUGAUAAGAUGAAAUAGAAAACUAAUAUAACUAACCAUGAUGCACUUGAAUUGAAGCGAUGUCACAGGAUAAAACUAAUUUAUAAUUUAAGUGAAUAUUGGAAAUACAACUGUCCCAAGGUCUGAAAAGUCCUAAAUAAUGCCUUUUAGCCUCUUAAUUUUUUUUUAGGUAAGGAAAGUUGGUUGAAUUUCUUCUUUAUAUGUAUAUGGAGUUGAAAUGAGAAAAGGAAAGGAGAUAAUGAGUUACUUGAAGCCAUUUGAGUUUUUGAAUACAAUAUUUUAAGCAUUAGGCAGUGGUGAAUAGUAGUUCAUUAUCAUUUCUAUUAACAUGAAAUUUUUUUCUGUACUUUUAAGAGGUUAACAUAGCCAUUAAAUAUACUGAUCUUUCAUUUUAGGGACAUGUACAAAUUGUUUCUUUGUGGAACAUCUUCAUAGAUACAAGUGAGAAAAAUAAUACUUUAGGAUGUAUCGUCAAAAUGACAAAGUUUGGGAGUGCUCUAAAUAAGUUUAAUUCAAGUAAGAUAAGUCUGAGAGAUGAUGUUUGAAAGAGUAAGUGAUAUGUAAAUGAUAGGUACAAAAUGAGAUGAUGAAUUUGCAAGAGAAAAAAGAAGAUGACUAGAUGUCAAAGUUUAAAUCCAUCUAGUGGGUUGUAUAACAAAUUUAUAUUGUCUAAUUUAGACUGAGAAUUCUUAGUGGAAAAAUAAAAAAUCAUUCUAUU